UUUGAGGAAACCCACAUACACUGUUCCUUUCCUAUUUCCAGGGGUCAUGGUCCCCGCCGACCCCACCCCACCCCUGAAGACAGAAUUUGCUGACAGCCUUUUCAUCUCUCACUGCUCUUGCAGUGAGACCAGGAGAAGCCCGUGAGAGGGGCUGUUGGAGGGAGCACUACUCCAAGGCUCUCCAUAGAACUCGGCAGACACCACACAGCCCACCAGCUCCGGUGUCAGCAAUCUUUGUAUGCGGUCCCCUCUAGAACAAAAUGGAAGAGCCUCUGAAGAAUGGAGAAGGUGCCUUCCCCCCAGACAGAGAUGACAGCUGCACUCCAGGGUCACCACCUUUGAGGAUCAUCCUGGUGGGCAAAACAGGCAGUGGGAAAAGUGCCACAGGGAACAGCAUCCUCUGCCAGCCAGUGUUUGAGUCCAGGCUGGAGGCCCGGUCCGUGACCAGGAGAUGCCAGCGCGAGAUGGGCACGUGGAACGGGAGGAGCCUCCUUGUCGUCGACACGCCCCCCAUCUUUGAGUCCAAGGCCCAGACCCAAGAGGUGUACGAGGAGAUCAGACGCUGCUACCUGCUGUCUGUCCCAGGGCCCCACGUGCUGCUCCUGGUGACCCAGCUGGGACGCUUCACAGACCAGGACAGCAUGGCAGUGAGGAGGCUGAAGGAGGUGUUUGGGGCAGACGCCAUGAGGCACGUGGUCAUGCUCUUCACCCACAGGGAGGACUUGGAGGGCCAGUCCCUGGAUCAGUAUGUCACCAACACGGACAACCUCGGCCUGAAGGGCGCGGUCCUGGAGUGCGGGAGGCGAUUCUGCGCCUUCAACAACAGGGCCUCUGGGGAGGAGCAGCAGAGGCAGCUGGCGGAGCUCAUGGCUGUGAUCGCGGGGCUGGAGCGGGAGCUCGGGGGCUCCUUCCACAGCAACGACCUCUUCUUUCAGGCGCAGGUGCUGCAGCAAGGUGGACAAGGGCCCAUGGAAGGAGACUACAGGUGCUUCCGGGACAAGGUGAAGCUGCCGGUGGAAAGGCAGAGGCAGGAGCUGAGAGAGCGUGAGAGCAACUGUGUGCUCCAGGCCCUGCUCAGCGUCAAGAACUGGGUGAUUCUGAAUUAUGAGAUCUGUGCUGUGUGUGUUUGGUGCAGCCUGUUUGUUCUUCUUAUUAUCCUCAUCAUCUUCCAUCUUGCUUAAUUCUUUGUGCUGUAGCAUUUUCUAAAGUAUCACCUGGUGAGUUCACUGUUCCAAGUGCCGCUAAUUCAGAAUCAGAUCAACUUUGAAGACACUGCUUGCUGUCUGCACCACAUCUCCUUCUCUGUCUCCCUGAUAGUACCUGCUUUCAGGCCUAAAUACACCCCCUUCUCUUUGCCAGUGACUCUUUCAGAAAUGGGCCUGGAAACCCAUGUCAACCAAUGAGAAGUGCCUCCAAGUAUGCUGUAGAAGGUUGCAAAGUUUCUUCUGUCCUGGGGCAAACCACAGAAUCAGAUAGACCCACUCACCUCUUUCUCUGGGCAAUGAUGGAUCUAGGUGCAAUGUGUGGGUCUUCAGCAGCCACUUUGCUACCCAUCUGAGGUUGUAGGCUCACUUUACUUACUUAUUUAUUUUCCAAGAGCUCUAGCCCUAGUUGACAGUAUUUUUGGGUUUAUUGUACUUUAAAAUUUUCUUUACUACAGAUUUCAUGUAUUUCAUAUGUACAUUUCUAAUAAGAUAACCAUAUUUCCCUCCAUUCCCCUCUCCUUCCCUCAAUCCACCUCCUUCCUUCUUUUCUCUUUUUUCCCCUAAUUUUUGCAAAGAGAUACUUUUAAUCCACCCUAUAAUCAUGGGAUUAAUUCACCACUAGUCAUAGUAUUAAAUAAAUAAAUGUAGGAAGACCAUACUUCCUCAGGGGUAUAAACAAGGGCUAAAAAAAUUACAAGACUUCUGUUUAAUUUCUAUACAUUUUUGUGUUCUAUAAUAUCAGAGAAACAUAUAACAUUUGUCUUUUGGGGACUGGCUUAUUUCACUAAGCAUAAUGUUUCCAGUUAAAUCUAUUUUGUUGCAAAAGGAAGAAUUUCUCUCUUUUUAUGGCUGAUUAGUAUUUCAUAGUGUAUAUAUACCAUAUUUUCUUUAUUCAGUCAUCAGUUGAUGGAUAUCUGGGUUGAUUUCAUAUCUUAGCUGUUGUUAACUGAGCUGCAAUAAACAUGGG